GGGAGCGGAACGUGAAUUGAUUGGCGACCCGAUACAAUUACAAUCCAUUCCCUGAGCCAGAUAUGACAAUCAUAACCCGGUGAGGACCAAAUUGUACCAGAGAAGAAAAAGAACUGGAUCCGGAAUCCAGAGUGUUGCACCUCGCUCAACCAACUUCAGGGGAAAAAAGAGCACACAUCACACAGUUCGAUUGUAGCUUUCCGUCUCUCUUCCCUUCCCUUCGGCUUCUCCUGGACUUCUCCUCCCCCUCCUUUCGCCAUUUCCUCGCUUGACACUUUGAACGGACUGCGGCAUCUCAACGCGUCAAAUCCCUACUACUUCCGGAGCUUAAUUCGUUUCCUCAUACGGAAUGGCGUCGGAAACAGUCAAUCCAAGUGUCCCCAGCGCGCAAACUGUUGGAAAUGCCUUUGUUGAGCAGUAUUACCAUAUUCUACAUACCUCACCUGAGUUGGUUCACCGAUUUUACCACGAUUCCAGUAUGCUAAGCCGUCCUGAUGGGAACGGUGAAAUGACAUCAGUGGUAACCAUGCAAGGUAUUAAUGAGAAGAUACUCUCAUUGAAUUUCAAGGAACAAAAGGCAGAGAUCAGAACAGCGGAUGCCCAGAAAUCUUAUAAGGAUGGAGUUACUGUGUUGGUGACAGGGUGUUUAACAGACAAGGACAAUUUCAGAAGAAAAUUUGCGCAAUCAUUUUUCCUUGCACCUCAAGACAACGGAUAUUUUGUCCUCAAUGAUGUUUUCCGGUUCGUUGAGGACAAUGAACCACUGGAUAACCUCUCGACGAAUAGUAUUGACAACACCCUGGCAGUUCCCCCAGUGCCAGAUCCAGAUCUAGAACUUCUGACAUUUUGUAGUCUUUUACAUCCAGAGCCUUCACAUGUUCCUGAACCUUCUGCUCCCGAUCCUUCAACUUCAGUUGAGGUAGAGGUUACAAAGGCUUCUGAAAAUGAAAGUGAGCCAUCAGACCAUGAGUUAAUGGUGGAAAAAGAAAUCCAAGUAGAACCUCAAUAUCAUGCAAACGGGAACCAAACCUCUGUGAUUGAUGAACCAGCUUCUACAACAGCUCAAGAGGAUGCUCCUAAGAAAUCUUAUGCAUCAAUUGUUAAAGUUCCAAAAGGUAGUCCUGGCCAAAUGAAAGUUUAUGUACCUACCAAUUCAGCAAAGGCAUCCUCUAAGAAAACUGAGGAUCCACCAGUUCCUGUGGUAUCCGCUCCAGAGUCUGAAUCACGUAUGCCAAGUAGUGAUGAUGCACCAACGGAUAGCUUUGAUCAAGAUGAAGUUGAGGGCCACUCCGUUUACAUUCGGAAUUUGCCUCAUAAUGUGACUGUCUCUCAGCUUGAGGUGGAAUUCAAGAAAUUUGGACCAAUCAAGCCUGGAGGAGUCCAAGUUAGAUACAAUAAGCAACAAGGAUAUUGUUUUGGCUUUGUUGAAUUCCUUUCUCCGGACUCCAUGAAUAAUGCAAUCCAGGCAUCUCCUGUUCCAGUCGGAGGACGUCAAUCAAUUGUUGAGAUGAAGAGAACUUCAACUCGAGUUGGUAAUGGAAGAGGCAGGUUCCCAACAGGAAGGGGUGGAAUGUAUCGGAAUGACAGCUUCCGAGGGGGACGAGGGAACUACGGUGGAGGUGGUAGGGGUUUUGGUGGAAGACCAGAGUUUAACAACAACAACAACAACAACAACAACAGAGGUGAAUAUCCCGCUGGUAGGGGAAGGGGUUAUCCAAGUGGUGGCAGAGGCGAAGGUUAUCAACAAGUUCGAGGUAGAGGCGGCCGUUCAGGUGGAGCAGCUAGGCUACCGAAUAAUGCUAAUGCCUCGUGAAAACUCCCGACUUCUCUCUGUGUGUUGGAGUUUGCAUGCCUUAACUGUUCAUCAAAUGUUCAUCCAGUCGGAGUAAGUAAGCGUCCUUGUUUUUCCCCCAUUUUAUUAGAAAUAUAUAUGUAGAAGUGUUUUGGGUAUUCCAGCAAUGGAUAACCUCUGGAUUACUAUACCAGCAUGGUUUGUUUCCAUAGUGGGGUGGCAAUUCUAUUUUGUAGGCUUUAGGAGUAGCCAUGCAGGCAUGGGGAACAUACUCAACUCAUCGGAAGUUCUUAUUCCGAUGUCGGCGAUUCGGUAGAUUUUUUGGAUGUUGUCAUGAUAGAGAAGAGGUUGCACAGUUAAUUGAGAGAUGGUUUCCUAGCUAUUAUUCGGAGGAUUUUUCUUUAGUGUUUUCUUUCUUCCUUUCCAGCAAAGCAUAUCGAUUACUUGUACUACGUAGUAUGCAUGAUGAUAGUCGUUGAACAUAAUCACAAACUGGAGACAGUUUGGUACAUAAAUACAUUAGAUUUACACUCAAAUUCUUUUGUCAGUGAAAUACCAAUAAGGUUUUAAAUAAAAACACAUAUAUAGGCUGUUUGGUACAACAUAUGUCCGAAACAGGGUCAGAAAUGAGCUUCUAAAAUUUGAAGUUUAUGAACUCAUGAUGAAGAGGACCUGGAGAAACAGGGCAAGCAACACAUCCAGCUCUUUGCCGCCGCCGUGACCUUACAGCACGUCGUGCUUUGAGGUUCUUCUGUCGUCGUCUUCACCGGCUGCUCCGGCUGUUGUUGUUGCUCCUCCGCCUGUUUUUCGUUCUGACGAGUCUCCGCUUCAUUUGGCUCCUCUGCCACCGCUGCCUUCUUCUCCCCUGCAGCCUUCUGCUCUGCUUCCACUUUCCUUGUACUGUUUCUUCCCAUUUGUUCGUUCUGCAAUAUUGGGAACUGGAAAGAUUUGGUGCUGCUGGUCGAGUUCCGAUUAUUGCUGCUGCUGGAGGUGGAAUUCCGAUUAAGGGAACUGACAGCUGACUGCGUGCUCGCAACUGGGGCGGCUGCGGUCGCUGGAGGAUUAGGCAGCUGUACCUCCUGAGGGACGUUAAUGGUGAUAUUAUUACUCGGCGGAGGAUUAGCUGGGACGUGAAUGUUGAUGAUAUUGAUAUUGUUGAUGGGCUGAUUGGCAGGAGGAGGCAGGGGAGGCUGCCAUGUGGCGGCGGAGAGGGAAGAAGGUGGUUGGUUGUUCGUUGUCCUGGCCGCCGGCGUUGGGGGAAGGGCGGCGUAAUAAUCUUGAUCGAGCAUGGGGAGCUCCCCGGAUUUAUACAUCAUUGCAAUUUGGUCCCUGGAGAAGCUGUUGUUGCCCAUGUAGAUGCUGAACAGGGACUCGUUCGACGCCGUGCUCCAUUCGAUCCCGUUCCCCGACUUGGACGCGAAGACGCCGGACGGGAUCCGAUUCGGGUCGUAGCCGGGUACUGCACAGCCGGCGGUCGGGGAGGUCGGGGGUCGGGGCGGGGAAGAAGAGUCGGCGGAGCUGCUGAUGACCGAACCCUCCACGUCACUGCUCGUGACGGCAUGACGAUGGCGGUGACGAUUGCUGUUGUCGUCACCGCUGGUCGUGGGAUGGUGGCUGUUUGGGCGCGGGACAUUGUUGUGUUCGCGAUCCAUGAUUUGACGAAUUUGAAGCUUUUGCUCCUUUGUUGGUGAUGACAACUCCGCGGCUAAUGCAAAUCCAGGUGAAGGAUUGCAAUAGCCGGGGAGCUGAAAUUGCAGACGGUAGAGAUGAUUGAAGGAAAGGAAGGAAGAAGAUGGAUUAUAAUUAAGGCGAUGAGCGGAUUAAGAGAGCCCGGUGCAACUAAGCCAAACUGAAUUUAAUGAUAAUCGCGUUUGUUUGACAAGUCAUUUACCUAGCUGCUAACUGAUUUUACGCGGG